UAACCUGUGCACCGGUCACCAGCUCACACUGGCUUAUAGUCACUCAUGGAGGACACACCGUAUAAUAAUGAGGUGAUCAACCUCACUUCAUUCCGAAGUCAAUACUCUGUCUCUCCACCACUCAGUGGUGGUGACAACCGGCGGUACACUGUAGAGGAAAACAGUGGUUAUGACCUGAAUGGAGUGACCCCACGUAGCUCUACUGUGCUAUCUGGAUAUGAUACAAUAGAUUCUCCUCCUAGUUAUGACUUUUAUGCCAACACUGAAGUUUUUGGGAGAUCGAAAAAAUUAAGACCGUCUCUCUUUCAGCUACACUCCAACCAUGAGGAAGAUAGUUCACCACCUCCUCUGUAUGAGGAGACAAGUGGUAAUAAAGAGAGUCCUGAUGAAGAGACAGCUGAACCUCCUCCUGAGCCUGCUCGCUUUGGAUGGGUACAGGGGGUCAUGGUUCGGUGUAUGCUCAACAUCUGGGGAGUGAUUCUGUACCUGAGGCUUCCCUGGAUCACUUCUCAAGCUGGAAUUGGUUUGACAUGGAUUAUUAUCCUGCUUUCCUCCUGCAUCACUGGGAUCACUGGCCUCUCUACCUCUGCCAUUGCUACCAAUGGCAAAGUCAAAGGAGGUGGCACUUAUUUUCUGAUCUCACGAAGUUUGGGCCCAGAGCUGGGAGGAUCUAUUGGACUGAUCUUUGCAUUUGCUAAUGCAGUAGCUGUGGCUAUGCACACUGUAGGCUUUGCUGAGACUGUACAAGCACUAAUGCGGGAGAGUGGUACAAGCAUGGUAGACCCACUCAAUGACAUUCGCAUCAUUGGUGUAAUCACUGUCACCUGUCUGCUAGCAAUUUCUUUAGCUGGAAUGGAGUGGGAGUCCAAGGCCCAGGUUUUGUUCUUCUUCGUUAUCAUGGUUUCCUUCGCAAACUACAUUGUUGGUACCAUCAUCCCCGCCACUCCUCAGAAACAAGCUACAGGCUUCUUCAGCUACAAAGCGGAUAUUUUUGCAGAUAACUUUGUGCCCAACUGGCGUGGGCCAGAAGGCAGCUUCUUUGGCAUGUUCUCCAUCUUCUUUCCCUCAGCCACAGGCAUUCUUGCAGGAGCCAAUAUCUCUGGAGAUCUGAAGGACCCAAAUAUAGCUAUACCCCGUGGCACAAUGCUGGCCAUUUUCUGGACUACGGUAUCUUAUCUCAUCAUUUCUGCUACCAUUGGCUCAUGUGUAGUUCGCGAUGCUUCUGGUAAUCUCAAUGACACUCUUCUAAUCGGGUCUGAUGUUACGGACUGCCUGGGAACAGCCUGUAAAUAUGGCUGGAACUUCAGCGACUGCAUUGCCAACAAUACCUGCAAUUAUGGCCUUAGCAAUAAUUACCAAACCAUGAGUAUGGUGUCUGGAGUUGCACCCCUGAUUGCAGCAGGUAUAUUUGGAGCUACUUUGUCCUCUGCUCUGGCUUGCCUGGUUUCAGCCCCCAAAGUAUUUCAGUGUCUUUGCAAAGACCAGUUGUAUCCAGUGAUUGGUUUUUUUGGAAAGGGCUAUGGAAAGAACGAUGAGCCAUACAGGAGCUACCUCUUAACCUACAUCAUUGCCGUAUGCUUCAUUCUCAUUGCUGAGCUGAACACUAUUGCUCCUAUCAUCUCCAACUUUUUCCUGUGCUCCUAUGCUCUCAUCAACUUCAGCUGUUUCCAUGCCUCCAUCACCAACUCUCCAGGUUGGCGUCCCUCAUUUCGGUUCUACAGUAAAUGGGCAUCUCUAGUGGGUGCUGUGGUGUCAGUGGUCAUCAUGUUUUUGCUCACCUGGUGGGCUGCUCUAAUUGCCAUUGGGAUAGUGCUCUUUCUAUUGGGAUAUGUGCUCUACAAGAAGCCCUCUGUAAAUUGGGGUUCCUCCGUGCAGGCAGGCUCAUAUAACAUGGCACUGUCUUACUGUGUGGGUCUCAACCAUGUAGAUGAGCACAUAAAGAAUUAUAGGCCACAGUGUCUGGUUCUUACUGGGCCUCCAAGUUUGCGGCCAGGUCUGGUAGACUUUGUAGGUACCUUCACCAAGAACCAGAGUCUGAUGAUGUGUGGGAAUGUCAUUAUAGGAGGUCCAUCGCCUGACGCUCUAAAUGUCGCCAAUAGUAGCAGUCAUGUGGCAUGGCUCAACAAGCGAGGCAUCAAAUCUUUCUAUAAUGGAGUAGUUGCUGAUAACCUGCGCACUGGAGCACAGAUGUUGCUGCAGGGAGCAGGUUUGGGUCGCAUUCGACCAAAUGUCUUGGUAAUGGGAUUUCAGAAGAACUGGCGCAAAUGUCCACCAACUACUACUGAUAAUUACAUAGGCAUUUUACAUGAUGCUUUUGACUUGCAAUAUGGUGUAUGUGUCCUCCGGAUGAAAGAAGGACUUGAUUUAUCUCAUUUGAUGCAAGCACAUGUAAACCACGGAUUUGAGGCAGCUGCAGAGCCAGGGCUUGAUGCAAGACCUUCUAUCAACACAUUGGACCCAGAAUCACUGUGUGCCAUGCCUCAACCCACCAGUGUAUUUCAGUCCAAACAGGAAAAGAAGACCAUUGAUGUGUAUUGGUUGUUUGAUGAUGGAGGUCUGACUUUAUUGUUGCCCUACCUUCUGAAGCGCAAGAAGCGCUGGGGCAGGUGUAAAGUAAGAGUGUUUGUUGGAGGUGAAAUUCAACAUGUUGAGGAACAAAAGCAAGAACUCACAGCUCUCAUCAGCAAGUUUCGCCUCGGUUUCCACGAGAUCCAUGUUCUUCCCGACAUCAAUGAAAAACCACAAUCAGAACAUGUUAAAAAAUUUGAGGACCUUCUAGCACCGUAUAGGGCACAUGCUAUCCAUAAGAAUGAGGAAGGAGAGGGGCAAGCCACCAGUGACUUCCCAUGGAUAGUGUCAGAUGAGGCAAUGGAGAAAAAUACAGCAAAGUCCUUUAGACAGAUCCGCAUUAAUGAAAUUCUACAAGACUAUUCCAGGGAUGCAGCUUUGAUUAUUGUAACCAUGCCCAUAGGUCGGAGAGGAGCAUGUCCUAGUGCUCUGUACAUGGCCUGGCUGGAAACUGUAUCACGUGACCUGAGACCUCCAGUUCUGCUCGUCAGAGGAAACCAAGAGAGUGUACUCACUUUCUAUUGCCAGUGAUCAAUGACCAAAAAAAAAAGAUUAUCAGCGUCAGCUGUGAAGUGAAGGACACCUGUACCCUACAGUCCUAUAAAUGGUGUAAAAUAAGACUUAGUUUGCACAUAGCACUUGAAUGUAGCCUUGGUUUUAAUUGGGUUUUAUCAACCAUGUGAAUUUACAUGUUCCAGUCAUUCUGUAACUGAUCGAUGUAAUGUCUAUUUGUGACAAUCCAUCUAUCUGUGACAUUUACUGAACUUACUGUUUUUAACUAACUUUAAGCCUAUUAUAAGGUAGCCUAUUUCCUAAAUCAGCUGUAAUUUUAUUGAAAUAAUGCCCCUGUUGAAAAAUCCAGCUUGAUCUGAGGAGCUAGAUCCGGUUAGCCAGCUUGCAAGGAAGCAUUUUCUGAAUUACUAAUACUAAUGCAACAUCAUAAUCAAUUUAUUUGGAAUAAAAUAACAAAAGUA